UUGUGGUUGUCUUCCCAAAACCCGCUGACCAUUUUCUUCUCUCUCCCGGUUGUAUUGUACUUCUCCGAUUUUCAAUUUCCAUGGCGUGCGGGUCGGGUCAGCCCGAUUUCUUCGAUUCGCUGCCGGACCCAAUCUUCCUGCUGAUCCUCAACCGCGUCUCCGACGUGAAGACGCUCCUCCGGUGCCGAUCCCUCUCCCGGCGGUUCAAUUCGCUGGUGCCUCAGGCCGAUUCGCUCCUCCUCCGCGUCGAUCGGGUCAUAUCCGCUUCCGAUGCCGUCUCCUUCAUCUCCACCCUCUUUCACUCCCUCCUCGCCUCGUUUCAGCACCUCAUCCCCUCCGCUCUCUCCGGCAAGCCCCUCCCGCCGCGCCUCCCAAACUCGCCGUCGCAGAUUCUCCUCGGCUUCGACGCCAUCCGCAGCCUCCGGAUCGAGCUUCCCUCCGCCGAUUUGCGACUCGAGAAGGGCGCCUCAAUCAAAUGGGUCGCCCGAUUCGGGAAAACCCUACAGAGCUGCGUGAUCCUCGCUUUCCGGAACGCCGCCGAAUCCGGCUGCUCCGGCGGCCUCAAAAUGGGCGUGAUUUGGACGAUAACCGCCCUGAUCGCCGCCUCCGCCAGGCACUACAUGGUCGGCGACGUGGUCAGCGAGCAGCCCUUUCUAUCCAAUCUCAUCGUCGACGACAGAGAGAACGAGGGGACCUUAAUAAUGGACGAGGCCGGUCUGCGCGAGUACCGCGAGUACGGCGCCGAGACGCCGGAGGAGACGGCGGACCACGACAGCGUGUGGUGGCCGAGCAAUCGCACCACCGUGCCGGCGGUGGGGAUAAGUAUGCGGCACGAGGCUAAAACGGAGCUCCCGGGGGGGCUAACAAUGGAGGGCGCAACGCUGGUGGUGGUCAGGCCGAGGAAUGCGGCUGAGGAGCCCGAUGAAGCAGCAUUAAUUGCGGCGGCGUUUGGGAGCCACGGCGUCUACGCAGAGGCUGCGGCGAGGCUGCUCAAGUGCCGCUGCUACGUUCUUGAAACCAAUUCCUUCUGAUCAUCAAAACCCACCAAAUUAAAGCUUGCUUGCCUGCUACAGGGAGGUUGCAGAAGUGAAUCUGUUUUCUGAUCUGAUCUGACACAGAAGGAAAGAAACUUGUAGGUAUAGUGUAGUGUGUCUGUUUUUUGGGUUGCAAAUUGCAAAUGCAAAUGCAGUGAAGAAUGUAGGCUAAGGCUGGAGUUGGACUAGUUGGUUAGUGCUCUGCUCAUCACAAUUUUAAUUCCCCUCUUUAUCUUUAUCUUCAUCUUCAUCUUCAUCUUCAUCUUGUAGCCAGAAUUAGACUAAUUUGUCCUAUUGUAUAUAUAUAUAUAUAUAUAUUUGUAUCUUUAAUGUUGACAUCAUUAUUGGCACUAAGCUAGUCUCUGUCUGACUGUCUCUAUAGAUGAUGAUUAUAAAGGUGUGGUGUAUUAGUAUUACAGUAGCACCCCAUUUCCCUUAUCUGGUGUGGAUGGAUAACAAACAUUACAUGUUUAUGUUUAUGUUUAACAAUUUGGAUUCAUCAGCUGGUAAAGGGAUCUUGCUUUGUAUGGGGAGCCAUAGACAUACACUCAUCCAUAGUCUGCAAUUCUUCAUUUGACUGAGUUCAUGGCCUUGUUUGUUAGUUUGUUUGCAAAUUUUUAUUGUUACUUUUUUCCAAUGAUUAUUGGAUGUGGUAAUAUGUAGAUAGAUAGAUGAGGGUGAAUAUUGGUGAUUGCAGAGUGAAUUUGUUGGGUAAAAGUGAUGGUACUGAGAGUUUCCAGGAAAUGGAAGUCAGUGAUUGUACUGAAUGAAUGAAUGCUAUAACAUUGCCUGAA